AUGAAGCUUAUAUCGAUCGCUGUAUUUUCACUAUUUUCAACUGCAGUCAUUGCUCAUCCAUACAUCAGUGAGUCAUCAAUUAAUCUCGAAAAGCAAGCAAUAGGCGACGACGUAUCUGAAACACAACAUCAGAAUAAUGAAUCGAAUGAUGAUGUUGGCUCUGUGGUUCAAGUAAAUGAACAAGCUACUGACACAAGCCAAUCCACUGCAGACUCUAGCGUUUUGGACAAUCUUGAUUCUAAACAUCUCGCUGUAUCCAACGAUCAACAUACUAGCGACUCUGACUGUCAGCUCUGCAACUUAUCGCCAAACAAAGACUCGACCCCUCAAACUAAUGCCCAAAGCUCGUCUUUAUCAUCUGAUGGCUAUUGCGAUACUGGCUCUAAAUUGCUUGACAUCUUUAUGUAUAUCUGUGGAUGGACUGAAAUGACACUACAACAGCAGUUGAAAGAAAUCGAAGCGACUAUGACAUAUCUUGGAAUGUCUAUUUCAGACGAUACUGAAUUUGAAUGUCCGCUCAAUAUAAACAUGGAUUUGUUAAAAAGUCGAGCGCAGGUUGCUUGUAAUUUGGAAACAGUGCUUCAAGAUUAUUGGGAAAAUGGAAAACAACAAAUGCUAGAAUUAACACGGAAUCAACUCGUAUUGAAUCUCGACAUACUCAAGAUGUCAUCACAGGAAAUCAUAGUCAAUUAUGAUAAAACAUUAAAAUCUUGCUUAAAACCAGAACGGUGCGCGUCUUUUAAACACUAUGACUCAAAGCAGUCCGAUUAUGAAAGUGAUCAGUUGCCAUCAAGAAAUACUCGAGUAAAGUUUACGACCAAAACAACCAGGGAGUUUGUCAAAAACAAGAAAAUACGGAAAUAUGGCAAAGAUGUCACCAGGGACAUUCUAGACGAUGAAGAUUCAGAUUCGGAUUCAGAUUCAGACUCGGAUUCAGAUUCAGACUCGGACUCAGACUCAGACUCGGAUUCAUACUCAGAUUCAGAUUCAGAUUCAGAUUCAGAUUCAGACUCAGCUUUGUACUCAGACUCGGACUUGGAUGAAGGCUUGAACUCGAAUGAAAAUGAAAAUGGAAUGCAAGUGGAAUUCGACGAAAAAACCAACGAGAGGCUCAAUAAGAUACAUGAAAAGUUCAGUUCAAUGUUCAAGGUACCCGAAACAAAUGUCAAGCAUGAUACCCAACAAAACACACACGAGUCUGAAUCCACCAGCAACGAGCAAGAAACAGCACUUUUGAACAAGGAUUUUGAACAAACCAAAGAUAAUACCAAGACGAUCGAAUGUCCCAAUAAAGAUAUACCACAACCUAAAACAAGAUUCACGGUUUCUCCUGUCAAUGAUCCAGAAACCAAGUCCGAAACACCAAGUUCAUCACAAUCUAAAACAAGAUUCACGGUUUCUCCUGUCAUUGAACCAGAAAUCAAGUCCGAAACACAAAGUCCAUCACAACCUAAAACAAGAUUCACGGUUUCUCCUGUCAUUGAACCAGAAAUCAAGUCCGAAACACAAAGUCCAUCACAACCUAAAACAAGAUUCACGGUUUGUCCUGUCAUUGAACCAGAAAUCAAGUCCGAAACACAAAGUCCAUCACAACCUAAAACAAGAUUCACGGUUUCUCCUGUCAUUGAACCAGAAAUCAAGUCCGAAACACAAAGUUCAUCACGAUUCAAAAAAAGAUUCACGGACAUCCUAUCAAUGAUCCGGAAAUCAAUUCCAAAACCAAAUUCAUCACGAUUCAAAAAAAGAUUCACGGACAUCCUAUCAAUGUUCCGGAAACCAAGUCCAUCACAACCCAAAACAAAAUGA